AUGGUCGACACAAAGCCUACCGCACAGCAGCUGAGCGCCGCCUCCGCACCCGCCGGGCGCUCUCGCGGGCGCGGGCGUCAUGCCAACCAGGACGAAGACGCAACCAAGCUCCAGUUUGGCGAGUUCUCGGGCGGCGAGGCCUUGACGAUCGGCGAGGUGCAAACACUCCUCGAGAUCUCCCGGCAGGGGACUGGUGCGCCCCCUCCGCCUGAUAACAAUGUAUACAAGCAGACAGUGGAGUACGUCAAGGAGUUUACCAAUGUCAAGCCUGGGGUUGCAGAGUCUAUGCGGCAAACGCUCCAGACCACGGCUGGCGACUUCCUCAACACCUUUGAGGUUGCGCAGAUCAUGUACCUUCGUCCGGAGAACAUCGAGGUGGCUGUGUCUCUGAUUCCCAGCCUGGAACGCUACGCCAACGGUGACGCGGACGAGGAUAAGCUCCUACACCUUCUCCAGGAGGUGCGCAGCCUCGCUCGCAUCGGGGCUUAG